AUGACACCGCCGCCGCCAGCGGAGCCAGACCCAACAGACGCCGUCGCCGGUGAGGAAGAAGUACUCGAAUCGUGGAACGAAAUCCCCCCCACUCAAGAGAUAGAUUUUGUUACCUUGGGGAUGUUCAUAAUUGAUGAAAUCCACCACCCCCCCUCCCUCUCCCUCCCCCCCAGUUUGAACAUUCCCGGCGGAGCAGGAACAUACUCCCUCCUCGGCGCCCGCCUCUUCUCCCCCCCUCCCCUUUUGUCAUCAACAACAUCCAUGAUAAUCGACUGCGGCUCAGACUUCCCGCCCUCCCUAUCAGCCCACCUCUCCUCUUGGCAAACCUCGGCCGUCUUCCGCCACAACGCCGACCGGCUCACAACAAAAGGCUACAACGGCUACUCCAACCCCCUCGACCCCUCCCACCGCUCCUUCCGCUACCUAACCCCCAAACGCCGCCUCACAACCGACGACCUUGCCUCCCUCUCCCCAGUGUUACUAACAACCAAGUCCCUCCACCUCAUCUGCUCCCCCCUCCGCUGCCAAGAACUGGUAACCACCUUCCUCUCAGCCAGAAAGAGGUACUACAGUCAACAACGCCCAUCAGAGGAGCACACCCGCCCAGUUAUAAUCUGGGAGCCAGUCCCGGAUUUGUGCACACCGGAAGAGUUGCUCAAUUGCACAAACACCCUCCCGAUGGUGGACGUUUGCUCUCCCAACCACGCCGAGCUUGCUGGCUUUCUUGGGGGGACAGGGGUGUUGGAGGAUGGGGGGGUUGAUGCCCUAGCGGUGGAGAAGGGGUGUGAGCAGCUUUUGGCGAGCAUGCCGCUGCAGUCAUAUACCUUGGUUGUUAGGGCGGGGGAAAAGGGGGCGUACAUUGCAAGGAAUGGGGGGAGGAAGAGGACGAUGAAGAAGGUGGUAGGUCACAGGGGGGGGUUGACGAAAGAGACGGAUAUGGAGGAGCUGUUUAGGGGGUUGGUGAUGGGGGUGGGGGAGGAGGAGGGUGUGGUGGCGAGGGAGGAGAUUGAGGUUGACGAGGGGGUUGAGAGGUGGUUGCCGGCUUACUGGACGGGGGAGGAGGGGAGGGAGAAGGUUAAAGAUGCGACUGGGGGAGGGAAUACCUUCUUGGGUGGGUUGGGGGUUGCGCUGGCGAGGGGGAAGGGGAUUGAGGAGGCGGUUGGGUGGGGGGCCGUGGCGGCGAGUUUUGCUAUUGAGCAGGUUGGUAUGCCCGAGUUGAAAAGGGAAGGGGAGGAGGAGAGGUGGAACGGGGAGCGGGUGGGGGAUAGGUUGAAGAGCUUUAUGGAGAGGGUUGGGUUGGGGGAGUGA